UCUCUUCUUGUGGUUCUUGGUGGUGCGAUAUUAAUUAGUUAAUGAUGGCGGGGGAUCCGGCGGGGCUUCCACCAGGGUUUCGGUUCCACCCGACCGAUGAGGAGCUCAUCUUGCACUACCUACGCAACCAAGCCGCUGGCCGGCCGUGCCCAGCUUCGAUCAUCGCUGAGGUUGAUAUCUACAAGUGUGACCCAUGGGAGCUUCCUGCUAAGUCGAUGUUUGGAGAGCAAGAGUGGUAUUUCUUUAGCCCGAGGGAUCGGAAGUAUCCGAAUGGGGUCCGACCGAAUCGGGCGGCUGUGUCAGGGUAUUGGAAGGCGACGGGGACAGAUAAACCCAUUCGGUCGGGCCGAGGAGAUGGGCACAUCGGGGUGAAGAAAGCCCUAGUGUUUUAUAGAGGAAAACCGCCUAAAGGGCGAAAGACAAAUUGGAUCAUGCAUGAGUUCCGGCUCGCAGAGGCCAAACCGAGCAACACCUACCGACCCGCAAAGUUCUCCGACACCUCCAUGAGGCUGGAUGAUUGGGUGCUGUGCAGGAUCUACAGGAAACUGAGCCACCAGGAACCAGCACCAUCCUCGGUAGAGCAAGAACAAGAGCAAGAAGAAGUGAUCGACGCAGCAAUUAGGAAUCAUCUCGGCCACACAUCGAGCUUCGCGACCGACAACGACGACCCGCAACCGAACAGCCUCCUCCGGCUGCAGAAAUCACUAUCAGUUUCAGACUUCCUGGAUGGCUUUGGAGCUGCCCACAACCUGUUAGACGCUUUGCCUGAGCUCAUCCCCAAUCCCUGCAUGAACCACCAGCUCUUGCUGGCUGAGCCAAAACAGAGGACCAGAGAAGACUCCUCUGCUUCAAUCUCGGCAAAUUCCACCAUGGAAAGCAUCCAUGGACUCAUUAAUCAACCUCUCAAGAACCCUAAUUACAGCACUGAUGCAGGAAUCCAAUUCCAAGAUGAAUUCUCCAUGCUGAACCAGAGGUUCUUCAACCAGCAGCUACUGCUCAACUCCCACCUGGGAUUGCAUUAGCUUGGCCUGCAAAUGAAACAAGAAAACAUACAAUUAGAAGAAGAAAAAUGGAUGAAGGAUUAUAUAAUUUUUUUGCAAGAAGUUUUUUUUUUGUUAUUUGCAGUUUAAAGCAUACUGCAGGAGAUUGAUUAAUCAGUAGCUUUGUGAAAAUGACUUGAUGAUCAUUAUACUGCUCAAUAAAAUUUUUAUAGAAGAAGUUUCUUCUUUGAAAUGCUAUAAA